CCGUGACACGCAUCUUAAUCUAUUCUACUCUUAAUCUAAUCUUUCCCUUCCCUGAAAAGCCUAAAGCAGAAUUUUGCACGAAACCCGUCGGAACCUUUUCCAUAAUCUACACAGGUAACGUUUAGAGGUUUUUUUUAGAACGCCACGCGUGUCGCAUCUCAACGGUUCUCCCGUUUCCUGCUCGGUACCAUACUGGGACUGGAGCAGCGCUCGCGCUCACAGUCACAGCUCAUGCGCCUCGGAGCUCGGACGCACGCGAAUAACUCGGACAAAUGCACAACAUGGAGAUCUAAAACGCUUUGCUAACACAGGCAGUAAAGAGUGGGCAGACCCAAGGAGGUGAUGACGGCCAACAAGACCUUGAAGGCUGCAGCCGGAGCAGGAGAGGCUAAAGGCCCAGUGGAGAGUCCUGACAGGUGCCAGUCUGUGUCCCCACCUCCUAAUCUCCCUGCGGCUAAAGAGUUGUGUCGCUCACAACUUAGCGACACAGAGGACAUCAGUCUGCAGGGCAGAUACACCAAAGCUAAUAAGAAGUUCCAAUCUCAAAGGAACUGGAGCUAUAAGACUGCUAGCCUGCACAGUGGCUAUAGGCUCCCGGCUGAACUUGAUUACCAAAGCAGGCUCAUCAAGGCGAAGAGCAUUGGCUAUCUGGAUAAGAAGCUUACCCUCUACAAGGGAACGUCCGGCGGAGGAGACCAGGAGCAGAAGGAGAAACAGCCACAGGAGGGUGCUGGACUGGGCCCUGAGCCUCUCAGCUGGAGUACACUCUCCUUAGCUCCCUCCACCAACCUCAGCCACAAGCGCAGCCUCUCGCUCAGCCUCACUGGAACUAGCUCCCCUUCCGCCUCCAUCCGGAAGAAGAUCUCGGAAUGGGAAUGCCGUAAGGAGGCUCAGCCUAGGAUGAGUCUGUGCUUGGAGAAGAGGACGGGCUGUGGAAGCGAAGGUCACUCCGGCCUCUUGGCUUCUCCUUGCAGUGGGGGGGCGCGGCGGAUGAGCAUGGCGUUGUCCGAGUGCUCCUAUCCAGAGACGGAGGAGGAGGAAGGGGCUUUGGAUCGAGAGUGCCUCGGACGGUUCCAGAAGAGAGAGAGAGAGAAGAGGACCGCAAAAACAGAGAUGUCAGGGAUCUUCAUUCGUUCUCUGUCUGCUCGCAAGGAGACGUCCGCCGUUUUAAAUCAGAUACAGAAGAUUGAGCAGGUCCUGAAGGAGAGUCCCUCCUCUGCUCCUCCGCAGUAUCUCAGCAGCUGCUAUGGCCUAGACAAGUCACGGCAGAAGUCUUUCACCAUGGGUGGGGUGGAAGACUUUGACAGUUCCUGUGGCAGCAAGCGGAGUAGCAUUUGCUCGGUUGCCACUGAGCCAGACACCAGCCCCGGGCCAGAAAAAGCCAACAAGUUUAGGCAGAGGUUCAGUGUAAGCUCAGUCCAGUCCCUGAGCCCGGAGCUGCCCACUGCGUGUGGCUUGCCAGGCACCCCAGUCAACCCCCUGCCCAAGCCCAAACGCACCUUUGAGUAUGACGCCAGUCGGAACCACAAAGACUCUUCACCAAGCAAUGGAUUACUCAACUCCGAAACUCGUGUUUCCUGUGGCCCGGCCACUACAAUAACAUGCAACCGCAAGACAGAUGAAAGCUUAUCCAAGGGCACUCAGGAUCGAGAGUCUGAAGAUGUGGCCAGCCCUCCCUCCCCGUGUCCAUCACCACCCACGGAAAACGGUACGGCCUCCACGGAGAAGCACAGCCGCCCCAUCUCCAAAAACACAUUAGAGGAGAAUGCCUAUGAGGACAUCACAGAGUCUAUGAAGGAGAAUCCAUAUGAGGAAGUGGAUCAGAAGGGAAGAAGCCGCAAGUUACGUCCAUUAGAGAGAUCGAGUGACCCGCUCUCCAAGGCGUGGACCUCCCAGGACAGGAAUUCCAUGGUGGCCCCUCAGCUGCCGUCUAAACCGAGUAGCCAGUCCCUGCGGCUAACGGCCGCAGCUGAGCGGAGCGCCCCGCGUGCGUCCUACCUGGCCAAGAGGCACAGCCACGACGACACGCUGCUGCUGCCCCAGCUGGGUGUGUCUUCGGGAUCCUGCGUGCUACUGGACGACAGCCUGAGCAGGGCGUGUGACACACUGGCCUCUCGCAGACACCGACGGGUCCCCAAGGUGGUGCAGAGAAUAAACUCCAUCUACUGUACAAAAAGAGGCAAGAAGAGGCUGAAGAAACUCUCGCUGUCCAACAUCGAGGCUGCUUCUCUGAGAGAUGACAACAGUGAGAGUGAGAGUGAUUCUGAUGACAGGUUCAAAGCCCACACACAGAGGCUGGUGCAACUGCAGUCCCUGCUGCGGCGUGCGCCCAGCUACCGCACGCUGGAGCUGCAGCUGCUGGAGUGGCAGGAACGUGAGCUCUUCGAGUACUUCGUGGUGGUGUCGUUGAAGAAGAAGCCCUCAAAGAACUCCUUCACCCCAGAGGUCUCCUACCAGUUCCCUAAGCUGGACAGACCCACCAAGCAGAUGAGGGACGGUGAGCAGCGUCUGAAAGCCAUUCCGCAGUUCUGCUUCCCAGACGCCAAGGACUGGAGCCCCGUGUCUGAAUACAGCAGUGAGACCUUCUCCUUCAUGCUGACCGGGGAAGAUGGUGGCCGACGCUUUGGUUACUGUAGGCGUCUCCUGCCGUGCGGGAAAGGGCCUCGGCUUCCAGAGGUGUACUGUGUCAUCAGCAGGCUGGGCUGUUUCGACCUGUUCUCCAAGAUCCUGGACGAGGUGGAGAGGCGGAGGGGCAUCUCUGCGGCCCUGGUCUACCCCUUUAUGCGGGGCCUGAUGGAGGCCCCUUUCCCAGCCCCUGGAAAAACCAUUAAAGUCAAAACCUUCCUACCUGGGACAGGCAAUGAGGUAAUUGAGUUGUGCAGACCAAUGGACUCCAGACUGGAACACGUGGAUUUUGAAAGCCUCUUCAGCUGUCUGAGUGUCAGGCAGGUGGUGCGCGUGUUCGCCUCACUUCUGCUUGAGCGAAGGGUCAUCUUCGUGGCUGACAAACUCAGCACCCUGUCGAGCUGUGUGCAUGCGGUAGUGGCGUUGUUGUAUCCAUUCUCCUGGCAGCACACCUUCAUCCCUGUGCUACCCUCCUCCAUGGCGGACAUGGUGUGCUGCCCGACGCCUUUCCUGGUGGGCAUCCUGUCCAGUACCCUGCCCAAGCUGAAAGACCUGCCAGUGGAGGAGGCUUUGAUGGUUGAUCUGGGAACAGAUCGCUUCAUCAGACAGCUGGACGAUGAGGCCUCUCUCCUACCACGCAAGCUGCAGUGUGCACUGGAGCAGACCCUGGAACAGAGGAACGACAUUACCAAUCAAGACUCGGACAGUGAAUCAGAUGAAGAGUGCAGCUCCUUGAGCAGUGUGGUGUCGGAGGCCUUCCUCCGGUUCUUCCUGGAGACCGUCGGACACUACUCCCUGUUCCUGACCCAGGGCGAGAGAGGGGAGCGGGUCUUCCAACGUGAGCCCUUCCGCAAGUCUGUGGCCUCUAAAAGCGUUCGCCGUUUCCUGGGCGUCUUCAUGGAGUCGCAGAUGUUUGCCGGCUUCAUCCAGGAUCGCGAACUGCGGAAGUGCAGGGCCAAAGGCCUGUUUGAACAGAGGGUUGAGCAGUACCUAGACGAGUUACCCGACACAGAGCAGAGUGGAGUGAACAAGUUUCUCAAAGGACUAGGGAAUAAGAUGAGGUUUCUCCAUAAAAAGAAUUGAUGGAAUGUGGAAGUAAAAACUAAGGACAUCACUCCAUCACUGCUUCAUCACAUCUGUACAUCACUCCAUCACUUUCACAUCUGUACAUCACUCCAUCACUGCUUCAUCACAUCUGUACAUCACUCCAUCACUUUCACAUCUGUACAUCACUCCAUCACUGCUUCAUCACAUCUGUACAUCACUCCAUCACUGCUUCAUCACAUCUGUACAUCACUCCAUCACUUUCACAUCUGUA